AUGUUGAACUCGAAGGAUUACACUGUCGGCUGGAUCUGCACUAUAAUUACCGAGUACGUCGCCGCCCAAGCUGUUCUCGACGAGGCGCACGACCGUCCUGACGAUGUGGCCCCUGGUGACAACAGCAGCUACACUCUGGGCAAAAUCGGGAAGCACAAUGUUGUUAUGGCCAUCCUCCCAAGAGGAGAUAUUACUACAUCCUCUGCAGCAAUCGUCGCUACAAAUAUGCUACGCAGCUUUCCCAACAUCGCAUUCUUUCUGAUGGUCGUCAUCGGCAGCGGUGUACCAAGUCAACAGCAUGAUAUUCGUUUGGGCGACAUCGUGGUUGGCAUUCCGCCCAAUGGGGAGGGUGGCGUAUACCAGUUCGACUUGAGCAAAGCGAUACAAGACCAGGAAUUCUACACCACUAGAGUGUCCAGCGCGUCGCCACCAAUUCUGCAAACAGCGGUAAAUGAACUUAUCGCCAAGUACGAGAUCGUGGGCCACCGGCUUGAAGAGCUUGUCCAUGACAUCCUCUUGAACAGACCAAGGUUACAGAGGAAAUAUGAUCGACCACAUCCAAGAAGUGAUAGGCUUUAUCGCAUCAAUGUCACUCAUCAGGAUGGGGGAGACUGUGCUACGUUUUGUGGUGAUGAUCCAUCACUCAUGAUACUCCGACAAGAACGGGGUGAGGAAGAGGAUAACCCGGCGAUUCAUUAUGGUUUAAUUGCCUCGGGAAACGCAUCGAUAAGGGAUGCUUUACUCAGAGAUAAACUUGCAGCAGCAGAGGGCGUUCUGUGUUUUGACCAAGGAUGGGCCGGCGGUAUGGACAACUUCCCCUGUCUAGUUAUAGUGGGCAUAUCCGACUAUGCGGACGCCCACAAAAACAAGGAGUGGCAAGGAUGUGCAGCAAUGGCGGCGGCUGCAUAUGCUAAAGAUCUUCUCUAUCAAAUCCCUGCUAUCAAAAUUGAGGCCGAGACGAGGUUCGACAAUACUCUCCAUGAUCAGGUUGACGAGGUUUCCACUAUUUCAAACCUCAACCGAAUGCUGCCUAGCACAAUUGAGGCUAAGAAAGGAUUCGGCAAUAUUCUCUCUGAUCAGAUUGACGAGGCUUCUACCAUCUCAGUGACAGUCUCUUCAAGGUAUGUAUUAUUAUGA